AUGCGCAUCUCAUCAAUAUGGACACUGCUAGCCGCCACGUGCUCCGUGUCCGCUCAGGCCUUCCCGCGGAGGGAUUACCAGACCUACGAUUACUACGCUGUACACCUUGACCCGUCCAUAUCUCCUUACAAGUUAUCUACACAUCUCGGUCUAGAAUACGACGGGAAGUUGGGCGAGCUAGAAGACCACCACGUUUUCCGCUCAUUGCGGCAGGAUAGGGACGUUGUAGAGGAUGCGGUAGAGGAUCUCAGACGUAGACGGCGGAAACGAGACGCCCCUUGGGAAUCUAGCGUGUUGGAUGGCAUCCUGCUGAACCGCAAGCAAAAGCUGGAGAGGAGGCUGUGGAAGCGUAGUCCAGAUUAUUGGGACGAACCUGAGAUCGUAGGCAGAGCCGUACCGACUGUUCCUGUUGACAGCAAUGUUAUAAGACAGCAGGAGCUUAUGGCGACUUUGAAAAUCAAGGAUCCUAUUUUCAACGAGCAAUGGCAUCUUUUCAACACACACGAUCCCGGGAACGACCUGAACGUCACGGGCGUCUGGCUGCAGGGCAUCACGGGCAAGAAUGCUACGGUCUGCAUCGUGGAUGAUGGAUUGGACAUGGACAGCGACGAUCUGAAGCCAAACUACUUCGCCGGGGGUUCUUACGACUUUAAUGACCACGUUGACGAGCCCAAGCCCAGGCUGGACGACGACCAUCACGGGACAAGAUGCGCGGGAGAGGUUGCAGCAGCAAAGAAUGAUGCGUGCGGUGUUGGUGUCGCGUGGGAUUCGAGGAUCUCUGGCAUCAGGAUCCUGUCCGGAGGCCUUUCCGAAGCCGACGAAGCGCACUCGCUAAACUACGGCUUCCAGGAGAACGACAUUUACUCCUGCUCUUGGGGCCCGCCUGACGAUGGCAGGUCGAUGGAAGCACCGAGCAUACUUGUCAAGCGAGCGAUGGUCACAGGCGUACAAAAAGGUCGCCAAGGCAACGGCACCAUCUACGUCUUUGCUGCAGGAAACGGCGCCAUGAAAGGGGACAAUUGCAACUUCGACGGAUACACCAACAGCAUAUACAGCAUCACAGUUGGCGCCAUCACCAGAAAAAACCAGCACCCCUACUAUUCUGAAGCAUGCUCAGCGCAACUCGUCGUGACGUACAGCAGCGACGGCUCCGGGAACGCGAUUCACACAACAGACGUCGGUGCGCACACUUGCUCCACCACUCACGGCGGCACAUCAGCAGCCGGUCCGCUGGCCGCCGGAGUCUAUGCGCUCGUCUUGGAGAUCCGCCCAGAUCUCACCUGGCGAGACAUGCAAUGGCUGACGGUGCUGCACGCCGAGUACUUCGAUGACGCGCCUAGCGACUGGCAAGAAACUGCAACAGGCCGAAAAUACAGCCACCAAUUCGGAUACGGCAAGCUGAACGCCUGGGCGAUCAUCGAAGCAGCCAAGACGUGGAAGUCCGUCAAGCCGCAAGCGUGGUUCUGGUCCCCCUGGAUGCAUGUAAAGCACGACAUUCCGCAGGGCGACAAAGGCAUCGCAAGCACUUUCGAAGUCACCCCCUCCGCGCUCCAAGACGCCAACCUCGCGCGCAUCGAACACAUCACCGUCACCAUGAACGUCGAGCACACGCGCCGCGGCGACCUGAGCGUGGAGCUGCGCUCCCCGUCCGGGGUCGUGAGCCACCUCUCCACAACGCGCAAGUCCGACGACGAGCGCGCGGGGUACGCCGACUGGACCUUCAUGUCCGUCGCGCACUGGAACGAGUCCGGGAUCGGAAAAUGGAUCAUCGUCGUCAAAGACACCAUCGUGAACGAGCACAACGGCUCCUUUACGGACUGGCGCCUGCGCCUCUGGGGCGAGAGCAUCGACGCCAGCAAAGCGAAAUUGCUGCCGCUACCCAGCGAGCACGACGACGACGACCACGACGACAUCGUCUCAGCGCCCGCGCACACCACCACCGUCGCCGUGCCCUCCGGCGCGACUCUAACAGGGGACCUCCCAGCCAACCCGUCCGACCACCCCGACAGGCCCGUAAAGCCCGGCCCCACAGACGCGACUAAGCCCGCACAGAGCGACCCGACAACCCCAGCCACAGCCACGGUCCCCUUCGAAGCGCCCUCCAACCCCACCAAAGGCAGCAGCACCAGCGGCACAGCGGCGCCGCAGGAAAGCAACUCCUCCUCCUUCCUGCCCUCCCCCUUCCCAACCUUCGGCCUCAGCAAGCGCACCCAGAUCUGGAUCUACGGCUCGCUGGCGCUGAUCCUCGUCUUCUGCAUCUCUCUAUCCGUCUACCUGUUCCUGGCGCGCCGGAAGCGGCUCAGGAUGGCUGGGCGGGAUGACUAUGAGUUUGAGGUGCUGGAGGAUGAGGAUGAGGGAAGGGGUGGUGGGGCCGGAGUUGGGGUUGGGGCGGGUGCAGGGUUGAUGGGAGGAGGGAAGGGAGGGGCGAGGAGGAAACGCAGGGCGGGCGAGCUGUAUGAUGCGUUUGCGGGGGAGAGCGAUGAGGAGCUGUUGAGUGAGGAUGAGGAGGAUAGAUAUAGGGAUUUGGAACCGAGGCCGUAUGAUGACAGUGAGGGUUUGGCAGAAAAGGAUGGGGUUGGGCGUUGA